AGACGAUGAAACGGAAAAUGUUAAUGUCUUUCAAGAUUUCACUUCUAUUAACCUGUCUUAUUUCAGUAAGUACUAUUGUACAGUUUUGGAGCCUAAACAAAAGCUUCGCCAGAAUCUCUGAAAAAUCGCAAGCAUCAGAUACCGACCAAAUUUGCCGAUGGCCUCCUCAAAGGGUUGAUGACAUUCAUUUCGUGAGCGGCUACAACAUUACACUUUGCAUUCGACUAGAGGCGAGGCCGUUGAUGUCUAAGAGACAGAAGACUUAUCUUCUCACCGAUCUGUUUCGAGUUUCGAGAACCAUUAAAGAGGUUUCUUUCGACGAUCUCGCAGCGCUGCCUAGAGCAUUAUGGAAAAGGGUGAAGUAUCCUGAGGUGUAUCACACGUACCCACAGGACGUUUCAAUGAGGCAAGUCGUCGAAGCCGUGAAAACAGGUCAUCCAGUUUUUGAUAUGCCUCAGUACAAUUUCCCCAUCAGCAUUUUGAAAACAAGCACAAAGGUCUGUUCAAACAACACCAAACACGACCUCGUCAUUGUGGUGAAAAGUAGCAAUCUCGGAUGGGAUGCGAGAAUGGCGUUUCGUGAAUUCAUGCAACGCGAGAGAGCCCGCUAUCCGAAGCUCAAGGUGGGAGUCGUCUUCAGUCUCGGAUUGCCACGCAAACGCGGUGGCAGAUUAUUCAAUCGCGACGGCAAUAUCAUCAGUCUGCCCGGAACCAGCGGUGACAUGCUCGACCAAUUCGAUGGCAAGGAAGAUGUUGUGAUGGAACGCAUCAACAAGGAAAUCGAGAAUUACGAUGACAUAGUGCUGGCCGACUACGAGGACACGUAC